AUGUCCCCUCCCAACUUACCCACGACGACAACCAAGGACACAUUCAAGACCACCAAAGUCAAGAUGUCUUCUACUCGCGCAUACAACGCCGGCAUCGACAGUGCCGUCAAGAUGGACAAGCCAUUUCCUGAUGUCCCGAUCGGCAUCAUCGAGUUGCUUGUGUACCUCCCACACCACACCAGGCAUGCCGACAUCAUGAUGCGCUUGUACCGCGCAGGAUGGCGCUCCGCUACAAUGAGCAAGGUGCAGCUACAUGCGCGUGGCAACCUAGACAUCGAGGAGAACAACAAGCGCAACGCCUCUUUCCGCCACCAGAUCCCCGUCGCUGGUAGAAAGGUCUUCAACGACCCGAACUUUGGCCCGCGCAGGCCAGCGUACCGCAACCGUCGCGAGCUGAUGCCGCUCACCCUCGCCGAGUACUGUCUGGUCAUCUCCAGCACGUACAACCCGUGCUACAACGGCAUCACCUUCCCGGACGGCACACAGGGCGACGCGAACCCCCUCUUCGUCAACCUCAGAGGUGAAAUCAUGUCGAACAUGCCCGCGACUCUGGACGCCCUCGCCAGCGGCGUCGUCAACCACCCGACUGGUGAGGACCGCGGUAUCCUGACACAGGUCAUCGAGUGGGCUGUAGCCAACGGCCAAGCCGCGAACUACACUACCGACGACGUGCAGAUGAUCGCGGACCAGCAGGGUUUCGUGGCGCCAGCUGAGUCACGCAACUUCCACUGGGAUGUAAAGGCGCUGGUGCGCUGCAACAUCCCAGACCCAACGAGUUAG